CAGUGACCAACAAUGUGAAUGAAGCUCAUCUGUUGCAUAUGAUGAUCACUUACAAAAGCAUUGUAGAUUUGAAAGUAUUAAAAGCAUUAAAUAUGGAUAGAGAAGACACUCCAGAUAAAACGAGAGAAGAAAUAGAAAAAAAUUAUAAUGCAUUAAAGUCAAGUCUUAGUAGUCCCAAGACUGAUUCUGAUGUAUCUCUUUAUGAAACCCUCAAAAAAAAUUUGGAACCAUGUGAAAACAUGAAAUGUGCAUUACCUGAGUCAGUUGUUUCUAAGUGUGAGCAGUUUGUAUGUGAUUUUAAUGAGGUGAUUAAUACAGAUAUACCUAGAAACAUUAAAUCAAAAAGUAAUGACACCACACACUUUAUUCCAAUAACAUACCAACCAAACAUGGAAACUAUUAAAAAAGCUUGGGAAAUAUAUGGUGCAAUAAUCCUAAAACGUUGUCAACAAGGUGGAGAUCUUAUGUUGGUUGUCCAAAAUAAAAGAACAGGGAACUUUGGAUGUAUUGUUGUUCAGAUAAAAAAUUGGGCAAGAAGACAAACAAACUUUGAUGAUGAAGUGGGUAGACAACUGGAGGCAACUCAUGUUUUUAGUGAAGAAUUAGGAAAAUAUGUUGAUAAAGAGCUUUAUUUGGGCAUUUAUAUUCACCUUGGAGAAGCAUACACAGAAGAUUCAAGUCUUACAACAUAUAAUUAUGGCCAAAGUGGCAAAAGAUGGAAACUCCAGAAAAUUGAUGAAAAUAAAACAGUUAUUAAUAGAAUUGUAGUUCUAGGGUUGUCAAAAUUUUAUACUACCAAUGACACUCCAUAG